GUUGAAGGCCCCGUCGACAAUCAACCACCAACCACCACACCACCGCCGUCAUGCCUCACUCCUACGGUCUCCGCGCCGGCACUCGGUAUGCCUUCAGCCGUGGCUUCAAGGAGCACGGUAUGAUCCGUCUCUCCACCUACCUGAAGACCUACCGUGUUGGUGACAUUGUCGACAUCAAGGUUAACGGUGCCGUCCAGAAGGGUAUGCCCCACAAGGUCUACCACGGUAAGACUGGUGUCGUCUACAACGUCACCAAGUCCUCGGUCGGUGUUAUCCUCUACAAGCGUGUCGACAACCGCUACCUCGAGAAGCGCAUCAGCGUCCGCAUCGAGCACGUCCAGCACUCCCGCUCCCGUGAGGACUUCAUCAAGCGUGUCAAGGAGAACGCCCUCAAGAAGCGUGAGGCCAAGGAGAAGGGUAUCCACGUUCACCUGAAGCGCCAGGCUGUUGGUCCCCGUGAGGCCCACAUGGUCGAGCAGGGCGCCAACGUCCCCGAGACCGUUGUCCCCAUCGCCUACGACACCCACAUUUAA